UUUCAGGCCUUCAUCCUUUGGUCCUUCGUGCGCGCACGCACGAGCCGCCGCUGUCGGCCUGACACCCUGGCUGGCGCCCUGACGCGCGGCAGUAGUCGAAGUUUUCGGGUAGUUGGGCUUUGGUUUUGGCUACUUAGUUAGUCCGCAGUGCCGCGGAGUUGCUAUUGGCGGCUUUUGGUUGGUUAGGUGGUUAGUUAGUUAGCGAGACCGAGACCGGAACCGGGACCGGGUUUGGUUACGUAUGGAACGGCAAUGGCAACGCUCUUGGCGGCGAGGUGCGCUGCGCGCUUUGUAGAGUACCUCCAGACAGACAUCCAGGCAGCCAGCCAGCACCCAGACAGGCCGCCCACACACGGCCUCCGCUCCCCACGCCAGCACGAGCACGAGCACGAGCACACCCAGUCUCAGCCUCACUCCCUCACUGCCUCCCUGCCUCCCUGUCCUCCUCGCGCAUUCGUCGCUUUCCUAAUUCGAUACUCAGGGCGCAUCGCAGCGCAUCUCAUCUCAUCUCUGCGCGCAUCCGUGCGCCGCUGCCCCUGUCGCUCUUUACCGUUACCUACCACUCGCACACAGCCCUGUCCUGCAGUCUCCGCUUGUCUCCGUCUCGCCUCGCCGAGGCGAGCUCUCCCGCUGAUGAUACUUAGGCAGGUGGCAGGCACCGUGGGCACCGAGACGAGUCCCCUCACUCAUACACACCGACACUCGCGCGCGAACAAAAAGUCAGCAACACAGACGCCGACGCAAGCCGUCCUUCUGUCUGUCAGUCAGUCGGUCACCGACACUGCAAGCUGCGACACACACACAUCGAGCGUGCGGUGGCAGUGCGCUCACCACACACAUACAAUACACACAUACAACGCAACCCAUGUCUUACAGCAGUCGAUCGCGCGUCCGUAGUACUGCGUACGCAAACAGCAGCAGCAGCAGCAGGCACGC